AUGGAUUCGGCGAACGACGCGCGCCGCGCGGAGGCCAGGGCGGCCGGCAUCCUGCGGCUGCUCAUGGGGAUGGCGGCGGGGGCGGGGGCGGGGGCAAUGCCGGGGGCGCGCGGGGUGAUGCUGGUGCAGCACGUCCUCGUCGGCGGCGACGGCACCGGCGACCUCUUCUCCGGCGGGGUCGGCGGUGGGGUCCCGCCGGCGUCCAAGGCGGCUAUCGCCGCGCUGAGGGAGGUCAGGGCGGAGCAGGAGGGCUCCCCGCUGGGCGACUGCGCGAUCUGCCUGGACGCGUUCGACGCCGGCAAGGAGAUGCCGUGCGGGCACCGCUUCCACGGGGAGUGCCUCGACCGGUGGCUCGGCGUGCACGGCAGCUGCCCCGUCUGCCGCAGCGAGCUCCCCAAGCCGGAUCCCGCGGCGGCGGCGGAGGAGGAGCAGCAGCAGAACGGCGACGAGAGGCAGGGACCCCCGGGCGCCGUGCUGCUGAGCUUCCUGGUGAUGGGAGCACCGCAGCAGCAGGAGCAGGAGGAGCAGAUGGAGGUGGAGGAGCCGUGGAACAUCAGGGUCGAGGACGUAGAUUAG